AGUAAACGUUUCCCGGUUUUUGAGCAAUACGGUUCGGUUGUCGCGCCCUUUUUCGCUCCGACUUGUGCUAUUUCCUCAGUGAUUUCUCUGAUAAUUUUUACUGUGAGAAUCUUUUGAAUACUUCGAGAUCGGAGUUAAUUCUUCUGCAUUCAUAGGUAAAACUCGACGGCUCUUCAGUACGUUACCAGAAAUCCACUCGACUUUGGACACCAAGAUUUUCGUUGCCAUCGAGAACGGUUCUGUUGCGAUCGGUCUGUAAAUCAUCCGCGCAUUCUCACUCUUCCCGCACCAUCUUGUUGCGGCGAAGCCGUUUCUCAUAUUAUUCCGUUCUAUUUCGUCGCGAUGAAAGUUUACGACGAACUGAAAACCUUGUUGUGCGCUCGUUUAUUAAAAAAAUGGUGAUGCUAACGGGAGUUUUUGGAAUAUAAACGUGAACAAUAAACUUUUAUUUCGUCAACGGUUUCACUAAAGUUAACCGCAAGACAUCGAAUAGUCGAGAUAAGAAAUGAAGAGAAAAAUCUCACAUAAUCAUCAAGAAUCGGAGAAAAAGCAAAAGGACCUCGGCAGCUGGCCUCUUUAUAGCUUAGUUAGCACUGUCGCCGCGUUAUGUUAUUUGAACGGGCUGAAUGGCGAUUUUGUGCACGAUGACAUUCCUGCUAUUACACGCAAUAAAGACGUUCUGGCUAAUAAUCCGCUCGGACACAUUUUCAAGAACGAUUUCUGGGGAACGCCCAUGGCAGAAAUAUCCAGCCACAAAUCUUAUAGACCAUUCACCGUUUUAACUUUCAGAGCCAACUAUUUGAUCUUCGGCUUGAAGCCCGCAUGGUUCCACUUGACGAACAUAUUGCUACAUAGCGCAGCCUGUUCUCUAUUCACCAGAGUAUGUCUGUGCGUGGCUGGUCUACGGCCCCCAUUUGCAGCUAUAGCGGGUCUACUUUUUGCAACUCACCCUAUUCACACGGAGGCGGUUACAGGCAUUGUUGGCAGGGCAGAUGUUUUGGCUUGCGUGUUUUCACUUCUCUCACUACUUGCAUAUCAUGGUCACACUGAUGGAGUUUCGCAUGUUUGGAUCAGUAUUCUACUAGGUGGUCUUAGUAUGUUAUCGAAAGAAACUGGAGUAACAAUUCUGAUCAUUAAUUUGGCUUAUGACUUUUUUCUUCAUUGGCACGACUUGAAACGAGCUAUGGGUGAAAUGAAGUGGAAUCAAGAAACCCUCCAAUUUACUAAAAAGGCUGCAAAGAUCCUUACUUCGCUCGGGAUUUUGCUUACAAUGAGGCUUGCAAUUUUGCAAGGAUCGCUACCGAAAUUUUCCCAGCAAGAUAAUCCUGCAGCAUUUCAUCCUUCGAUCUACGUCAGAUUUCUAAGUUUUGGAUACUUAGCGGCUUUCAACAUGUGGCUUCUACUGUGUCCAUCAACUUUGUCCCACGACUGGCAAAUGGGAUCUAUUCCGUUAGUAACUUCCAUUUACGAUCCAAGAAAUUUAGUAACAAUUUUUUUCCUUGGACUAACAAUGCUAUUAGCUAUUAAAAGCCUGUCGGAGUUUGAGUCUCAAAAGCAUACUCCAUUAGUAUUGGGACUUCUCCUGCUAGUGUUGCCUUUUCUACCAGCAACCAAUUUAUUAGUAACUGUAGGAUUUGUUGUGGCAGAACGAUUGCUAUACAUUCCGAGCCUUGGUAGCAUUCUCCUGAUCGUGUACGGAAUUCAAAUAUUAUGGUACAGAUGUUAUUUUCAUAGACAAACAAUAGUUUGUUUGGUUAUGUUAUUGCUAGUUGCCGGCUGUUUGAGAACCAUAAUCAGGAACAGGGAUUGGCUUUCAAGGGAAUCCUUACUCAGGGCUGGACUGAUUACACUACCAUGUAAUGCCAAGAUGCAUUACAAUUAUGCAAAUUUCCUGAGGGACGCUUCGAAACCAGAAUUAGCGAAGACCCAUUAUCUGAAAGCCCUCAAAUUGUGGCCAUCGUACGCUAGUGCACACAAUAAUAUCGGAACUUUACUCGAUAAUCGCUAUGAAGCUGAACUACAUUUCCUUUUAGCCAUUCGACACUCGUCCGAGCACAUUAAUGCUCAUUAUAAUUUAGGAAAAUUAUACAGGAUGAACAACAGAUCAGUUGAAUCAGAACGUAUGCUCAGAAAAUGUAUCAAAUUGGAUCCAAGAUUUACUCCAGCUUACAUCGAACUUGCCAAACUACGCGGACCUAACGAUCAGAGCGUUAAUCGAUUGUUAAAAGAAGUUGUUAAUAUGAAUCCAUCCGAUCCUUAUUUUUCUACAAAUUUCGCUCAUUGGUUAUUAAGAGAAGGCCAUCAUCAAGAUGCACUUUGGUACUACUGGAAAUCUCUCCAGAUAUCGCCAACACAUGAAAAAGCACUGGUUGGAGCUGCAAGAAUUUUGCAAAAAGUUGGUCAAAAGGCGAGGCUUUUUCAGCUCAUCACCAGGUGGCAAGUUAUAAAGAGAAAUGGUAAAGGGCAACUUCCGCUUGGACUCCAUUUAUACCUACAAGUAUGGCAUUUGAAAGGAGAGCUAAGCCAUAGGGCCCGAAUAUAUGACAUAAAUUUAACCCCGAAUAACACGAAAUCAACAACUUCAACAGCUCAAUCCAGCAGUAGUACUAACAAAUCCUUAAGCAGAAACAGUUCAAGAUCUCGAACAGAAAACACCGAUUCUCUAAGACCUCUAAUGGUCUCCCAUUUUUCGGAUAGUGUAUAAACAUGAUAACAAUGUUACGAUUGGAAUGGUAGACAAUUCAAAAUAGAAGUAAACUAAUGAAUUUAUCAAAAUUUCAGUAUCUUGCUUAAAAAAUUAGACGUCAUGGUAUUUGAGGUAACAAAUUUGUUAAUUUGUGUUGUGUUGUGUUGAGAGUAAACAUUUGAAAAUGAAUAAGGAGCUUAUGACACAUCACUAAUUGUAAUGUGUGUAAUUGUUUUGGAAUUAAAACAUUUUUCGAGAGAAUAACAAUGGACAAGUAACAAUCAAUAAUAUGUUAAAGAACUAACUAAGACUUAACAAUUGACUAGAUUACCAGAAAAAAAUUAAAAAAAUUCCUGUUGUUGGCCAAUAUAUUGGCCCAAAUCACACGAAUCUUUUAUGAAUAACCAGCAAUUGAAUGAACUUGUUUUAAUGUCCUGACGUGGCUAUCAGUCGUUGGAAAAAUAUUGGACAACAAAGGAGAAGUCGGAGAAGUCACCAAAUUCCUUUCUACUAAGCAACAAAAGCUCCACAGCGAUGUGCGUCAUGAAAAUAGUCGAAAAAUGUAAGGAUAGUAAACGCAUGUAACAUCGAUUCCAAGUGAAAAAAAAAUUGAGAAAAAAUUGAAAAAUACU